GCCGCCGGGCCUGGGGCCGCCCCGCGCUGUCUCCUAGCCGGGCCGGGCCGGGCGCCGAGCCGGCGGUCCCACUCCGCGGCCGGGAUGAAGGUGACCGUGUGCUUCGGCGGGACCGGCAUCGUGGUGCCCUGCAAGCAGGGCCAGCUGCGCGUCCGGGAGCUAACCCAGCAGGCGCUGGCGCGGUACCUGAAGGCCCGGGAGAAGGAUCCUGGUUAUUGGGUGAAGAUUCAUCACUUAGAGUAUACAGAUGGAGGAAUCCUGGAUCCAGAUGAUAUCCUGGCAGAUGUUGUUGAAGACAAAGAUAAGCUGAUUGCUGUGUUUGAUGAACAAGAACCACUCCACAAGAUUGAGAGCCCCAGUGGAAACCCGACAGAUCGGCAGAGCCCAGAUGCUUUGGAGACAGAAGUGGCUGCCCAACUGGCUGCAUUUAAACCAAUCGGUGGGGAAAUUGAAGUAACCCCUUCUACUCUGAAAUUAGGCACUCCACUGCUGGUGAGGAGAAGCAGUGAUCCAGCCCCCGGGCCACCUGCUGAUGCCCAGCCUAGAGCUUCACACCUGGAUGGCCAGAGUAUGAGACCUGUUGUUUCAGAUUCCACACAGAACUUGGAAGACAGAGAAGUGAUGAAUGGUGUGCAGACAGAACUUCUAAUGUCUCCACAAAUGAAGGAUGCAUUGAGUGACAUGACAAGAACAGUGGAGAUUUCUGGGGAGGGAAGCCCCUUAGGAAUACACGUAGUGCCCUUCUUUUCAUCUCUGAGUGGAAGGAUCCUAGGACUCUUCAUCCGAGGCAUUGAAGGAAACAGCAGGUGCAAGCGUGAGGGACUCUUUCAGGAAAAUGAAUGCAUUGUAAAAAUCAACAAUGUGGAUCUCGCAGAUAAAACUUUUGCUCAGGCUCAAGAUAUCUUUCGCCAGGCAAUGAAAUCCACAAAUGUGCUCCUUCAUGUGCUUUCACCACAAAACCGUGAGCAGUAUGAAAAAUCAGUCAUUGGACCUCUUAACAUUUUUGGUAACGAUGGCAUUUUGAGAACAAAGGUGCCACCUCCUGUCCAUGGCAAAUUGGGACUUAAGACAGUAAAUCUUACAGGAACAAAUAGUCCUGAAGCAGAGCCAUCAACUUUCCUGCAACAAAGCAAGAGCCCCAGAGUACCAAGACUAGGAAGAAAGCCUUCCUCUCCCUCACUCUCCCCUCUCCUGGGGUUUGGCAACAAGAAAAGUGCAAAGAAAAUUAAAAUUGACCUAAAGAAAGGUCCUGAAGGACUUGGUUUCACUGUGGUUACCAGAGAUUCUUCCAUUCAUGGUCCAGGUCCCAUUUUUGUAAAAAACAUUUUACCAAAAGGAGCAGCAAUAAGAGAUGGCCGCCUACAAUCAGGGGACAGAAUUUUGGAGGUAAAUGGCAGAGAUGUCACUGGAAAGACUCAGGAGGAGCUUGUGGCCAUGCUGAGGAGCACCAAACAGGGAGAGACAGCAUCACUGGUCAUUGCCCGCCAGGAAGGAAGUUUCCUGCCCCGAGAGCUGAAAGGAGAACCUGACUGCUAUGCACUCUCCCUAGAGACAAGUGAGCAACUCACAUUCGAGAUCCCCCUGAAUGACUCUGGCUCUGCUGGCCUUGGGGUGAGCUUGAAAGGGAACAAAGCUCGAGAAACUGGAACAGACUUGGGGAUCUUUAUCAAAUCCGUUAUCCAUGGAGGUGCUGCUUUUAAGGAUGGUCGUCUGCGAAUGAAUGACCAGCUUAUUGCAGUUAAUGGGGAAUCUCUUCUGGGAAAGUCCAACCACGAAGCUAUGGAAACACUUAGACGAUCGAUGUCUAUGGAAGGAAACAUCCGAGGGAUGAUCCAAUUGGUGAUUCUGAGAAGACCAGAGAGACCAACAGAGGAGACUGCUGAGUGUGGGGCAUUUUCCAAGCCAUGCUUUGAGAACUGUCAAAAUGCUCUAACUACCUCCAGCCGAAAUGAGAGUGGUAUAUUGCAGUCCUUUGACAAUUACAGUCCACAAGAUAAACAGAAAGACCUGAUGCUGCCCCAUGACGAGUGGGCCGAGUGUGAACUCCUACCGUCACUCCCACCACAUCCCAGUCUGGAAUUGGGCCUUGAAGAUUACAGCCACAGCUCUGGGGUGGAUUCAGCAGUAUAUUUUCCAGAUGAGCACAUCAACUUCAGAUCUGUGACACCGGCCAGGCAGCCUGAAUCAAUUAACCUGAAAGCCUCAAAGAGCAUGGACCUUGUAGCAGAUGAAAGCAAAUUACAUUCAUUGGCUGGACCCAGACCUGAAUCUCCAGGCAAAGAUUUUGGUCCAACCCUGGGAUUGAAAAAGUCCAGUUCCUUGGAGAGUUUGCAGACUGCUGUGGCUGAAGUCAGAAAGAAUGAACGCCCCUUCCACAGACCCUGGCCACAUGUGAUCCGAGGCCGAGGCUGUAAUGAGAGCUUCAGGGCGGCCAUUGACAAAUCCUACGAUGGACCAGAAGAGCUCGAUGCGGAUGGACUGUCUGAUAAGAGCUCUCACUCAGGCCAAGGGGCUCUGAAUUGUGAAUCUGCCCCUCAGGGGAACUCUGAGCUAGAGGACAUGGAAAACAAAACCAGGAAAGCAAAAAAAACAAAAGAGAAGGAGAAGAAAAAAGAAAAGGGCAAGUUGAAAAUCAAGGAGAAAAAGCAGAAAGAGGAAAAUGAAGACCCAGAAAGAAAAAUAAAGAGGAAAGGAUUUGGUGCCAUGCUAAGAUUUGGAAAGAAGAAAGACGCUAAGAGUUCAAAAGCUGAGCAGAAAAGUGCGCCGCCAAAGCAAGGGAGCCUGAGAGAGGAGGAGCUGGAGAAGAUGAAGGAGGAGCGAGAACGGAUUGGAGCAAAACAUCAAGAGCUAAGAGAAAAGCAGGCAAGAGGUCUUCUCGAUUAUGCUACUGGUACAAUUGGAUCAGUGCAUGAUAUGGAUGAUGAUGAGAUGGACCCCAAUUACGCCAGAGUGAACCACUUUCGGGAACCAUGUGUAUCAGCAAAUGUCUUUAGAUCUCCAUCUCCUCCUCGGACUGGACCAUUUGGUUACCCUAGAGAUGGCCGUCCACUGUCUCCAGAGAGAGACCACUUAGAGGGUCUCUACGCCAAGGUCAACAAGCCAUAUCAUCCACCAACUCCAGUUGACAGUGGUCGCCCUGCGGGAGGAAGCACUGACCGCAUCCAGAAACUACGAAAGGAGUAUUAUCAAGCUCGAAGGGAGGGCUUCCCUUUAUAUGAAGAUGAUGAAGGAAGAACGAGGCCUUCUGAUUAUGAUCUUCACUGGGUGUCUGGAAAGAGUACAGAUGGGAACGCACACAACCUCCGCUUUGAGGGGAUGGAGAGACAGUAUGCAUCUUUACCCAGGGGAGGACCAGCAGACCCUCUGGACUAUCUGACAUCAGCGCCUCGAGGGCUCUACAAGGAAAGGGAGCUUCCAUAUUACCCAGGGGCUCAUCCUGUACACCCUCCCAAAGGGGGCUAUGCCUGCCCCCCGGAUCUGAGGCUGACAGACCUCCGGUAUCCUCAGUACUACUCACCCCCAGCAGUCCCCCACCACAAAGGACCCUUCCGACAUGAUGUUCCACCUUCUCCUCCUCAGCACCAAAGAGUGCUAGCCUACCAAGAAAUGGGCAGAGCAGGGCCCCGAGGGGGCAGCCCCGACCGCCACCCCUACCGAACCCAGGAUCCCCGACAGAAGAACCCCAUGACUGCAGCUGUAUAGCUGAACAUCACCAAGACCACCCUCGCCCAGCAAGGCAGAGGUCUAAAACCACUUUGCACUUCCCACACCUCAAGGCCUUCUGCUUGUUAGGAAUUGUCCAUGGUACAGACUGGCUUUUUCUCACUGAGGUUGCAUGACUUGAUAGCUAAUCAGGAAAAGAAGAAACAGGAGGUAGAUUCAGAAGGAAGAGGAAGAAUGGGAUCAUAAAAUACAGUACUUCCUGAUACUUGAAAGUCCUCCAGAAUUGGUCAAGCCAGGAAAAGUGGCAACUGAACAACAACUAAAGAUGGAGAUAAACCAUGUGGUGGCUAGAUAACCUGUGCUCAUGUGUCCCUGCUGGCCAUAGAGCUGCCAGUGCAGAGCAGUCUCUGCUAGGCAGUAUUGCCAUUCCAGGGCUCAGCUGCAGCCUCCUUGGUGGAGCUGUCAAGACUGCAGAGUGGGCCACUAUGUCACUCUUCCAAGGUAGCCCACCUUUGCACUGCAAAGCAUAUUUCUUUUCCUACUUUACUUAGCCCACACUCACUCUGCAAAGCCUAUCUCUUUUCCCACCUUCAAUAAAACUUUGCUGCCAUCAAAAAUAAAUAAACAGAUUUUAAAACCCUGCAGAAUGACAGAGUAGAGUGCCUGCAGAUCUGGGCAUCUAAGUCAGUUUUGUCACUGAGAAAAAAGCAACAGCAAACACAACUAGUGACUUCCAUGAAAUUUUUUAUACCCAGAGGAAGACUGUAUUUCUUUAUUUAUAGUCUCUCUCAGGUUCCUGAUUCCACUCAUUUGAUGUAAACAUUUCAGUUGUUUCCUUGCUUUUUUGAUACAAAAGUCAGUAAAAAAAUGAAUGCAGUAUUAGUGUGCUGGGAGAAUGUGCAGAGCUACUCAGAGCCCCCAGAAGGAGUGUAUCCCAUGGACCACAGUGAUCUGGUGAAGGUUUUUGACACUCCUGUGGUCCUCACCUUCCUUCCUCCCACAUCCCAGGUGGGAGAGCUUGGAGACAGCAGCUUCCAGGGUCAUCCCCAAAUCUCUUGCCUAUGAUUAUUUUAAUUAAGGCCUAUAUUUUAAGACUCCUACAUGAGAAUUAAAGUGUUCUUGUGAUAGAAAGAAGGCCUACUGGUAAGGUUGCACAGGAGGCACAGCUCUAGGGUUGCCAGUUCUGGACUCAGUGCCGAACAGUGCCCAUCUGCACUUGGGGACAGCGAAGAGCCGACUGUGACCUUUGGAAACUGAUCACCAGCAUGUAGUAAAUGGAAGUGAGUGAUCAUGCGAGUGCAUGUGUGUGUGUACAGAAACAAUGAUUACUAAUAUGAAAAAUAAAAAUAUGUCCUGGAAAGAUCGAUGAGGAAAGGGAAGAAGCAUAAGAUUAAAUAAGUCUCCAUCUGCUAUAUUUCAUUAACAAAACUCAGGGCAAAGAUAAAGUCUCCAACUGAGAAAGGAAGGUCUUACGGCUUGGAAAAACUGAAACCCCAGCUUCUAAAACACUUGAGUAGAACAAAUCCAUCCAAAUUUCUUUUGAGCUUUUCAGUUAUUUUCUAUGGAAACAGAACAUCUAAAACUUACAGGCUGAUCUAAAUGAAAACACAAGCAAAAGACUGAGAAACAACAAGGCCUGGGAGCAGCAGUUUGCAUGGCUCAGCAACUGUGAAAAUACUUCAAGCCUUUUCACAUUCCUACUUCCCCUCUUCAUUCCUUCCCCCAAAAUGCCUACAGUUCAAUUUAGACAUAUUUUGUCUGAGAGUAGGAAUUCUAACUGGCAGGAUUUAAUAAAUUGUAAUACUGAAUACAUAGAGUAUCCAAAAGACCCAGUUUAGUCUUCUUUUUUAAUUUAAAAUAGAGUUUUGUUACCAAGAGUGAUGCAACUGCUGAUUUUAGGUGUAAAUAGUGUUAUUUUCUGGACUUUGAGAGACACCGUUUUCUAAACCACAAUCUCAGUGGUCUUCUGAAAGAGCACUGUGAAGUUGGUUUGGGUUUUUCUGAUCUCUCUUGAGCCAGACGCUUUCAAAUCAUCUGCAGUUUAUUGAGGAUCUUAGGCCCUGCUCACCUGAAGAUGGAAUGCAGUGUGUGUAGGGUUCACCUGCCAACAUUCUGGCUGUUGCCUUUUCCUUAUGCUACAUAAACUUCAAGGAAGAAAACCAUAAGAAGAGGGAAACAUAACCUGCUUUGAAGCAUUAAACAUCAACAUAUCAAAUUUCUGUAGACUAUAUGACAUCUCCACACCACAAAGCUCCUUCUGGAUUAAGGAUAGAUCCCUUGAGGGGUAUCCAGGGGUGAACUCUGAUCUUGCAGAAGUGGCCCCUGCUGGAAGAAUGCCCAUGGUCACCUUCAGUGCUACCUCCUUGGGCACACAAACCCCCUGCAUCCAGGCCCUCCAGAGCAUGGCUUUGUGUUGUAUGCACAGUGAAUGAAAUAACUGCUAAUUCAGAGGGGCAGUCAGUGAGGUAAGGUACUAUUAAAGUGAACAAAAAAUAGAUUAUGAGUUUUCUUUUCUUGUUUGAAGUAUAACGUAUGCUCCAUCUGAUCCUGCCCUGAAGAAACUAAUAUUAUAUUUGUGACAGAGGCUCUAUCAAGCCAAGCAACAAUUAAGACAGCUGAGCUGUAACUUUAUAAAUGCCUGUGUACUAACCCUCUAAUUGUCACCUCCCAGAGGUUACAGAGCACUUUCCCAAUGUUGAGGAGAGCAGGUUGUUCAGAGCAUUUAGAGGUCCAGGCUAUAACCAAUAGAUGCCUAUGAGCAGGAAAUAGUUCCCAGUGUAUGUAUGGCCUGGGAAAACUCCAGAGUCUCCUUGCAGCUUGGAUCUAUAGCAGCCCCCCGGAAUAGAGUGGUGAAUCCAUCACAUGGUUCUGCCCAGCUGGGUCAUUUGGGCCUCAAAAUGAUGUUUGACCUCAAGUCAUUAGAUUUUUUUAAGGAACCCUUUUUGCAGGAAUAGAAAGAUGAAAGAGAACAGAUACAGAAAACCUUGAUAUGCAGGAAAAUUCAGUCCUCCAUAAGAGAAAGAAACAUCUCAUUAACCUAUUAUAACAUUGGGCUAUGGCACUAUCCCUCUUAAUUUAAUAUUGUUUCUCCACAAUAUCAAAUCAGUAGGUGAAAGGCAAAUGCAAAAACAUGAACAUUUACUUAAAUUAUGACUUACUAGCAAAAAAAAUGGAAAGAGAUAUUCUGAAGCUCAUUAUUCUUAGACUUUUAGGUACAUAUGUGUUGACCUCACUGGAUAGCAUGGAAAAAGGUCUUACCGUCAAGAAUAAAAUAGGGAUCCAGAGAACCACUCACUCACUGUGGAGGAAGCCCCAGGCCUGCUUCCACAUAGAGAAGAUAUGAGACAUCACUGUAGCUUUAUUUUUGCUACCAACUAAAUAAAAUUAAAACAAGAUCUAUUAUCUCUCCUAAAGAGUCAAGAAAUUUUUGAACUAAAUGUACCCUCUGAUAACUUUUGGGGUAAAGCUCAUUUCUCUUAUCCCUAGGAUGCAUAGAGAUUGAGCCUACAAAGAGUACUUAUUGUCCUUAACCUGUAACCACAGCAUUCCCUUUCUUUGGAGGAACAUUGAAGCAAUUCUGGAGUGUUUGUAUGUGAAGGAAUUUCUGUGUGUCAGAUUCCUAUGGGCAUUAAACUCUGAUAUCCACAAUGAGCGGCCUUCCAACUGAUUUUAAAUUGGGUAGACAACAUAUUGCUUACAGAGUCCUUGAGCAACAGAGAGUCCAGAUUUCAUGCAAAUUAGACAAGAGGGACUGGGAUUCAGAAACAGCCACAGUGGUAUUUCUCUGCCUUCUCAGUUCAUGGUGACUUAGGUGGAAACAACUCUACGAUGAGACUAGAAAGGCCAGUCUCCAUAAGAUGUCUUUAUAAAGUCACAUUUCCAAUAAAAAAUAGAAAAAACAUCUAAAAUAAGCCCAUCUCACAUGCAGCAAUAACCUCUAAGUGAAACUCUUUCUCCCUAAUGACCUUAAAUAGUAAUAGAAUCACACAGGACCUGGCUUUUGAAGCUAGGCUCAGCUACUAAGCUCAUUUUGGGAAGUGAACCAACCCAAAGACUCUAGUCCACCUCCUGACUGGGCUCCUCGCAAAGUAUUCUGUUCCAUCUGAAGUGCUGUUUACUAUCAGAACAUAAAACCUGUUGUUUAUACCAACACUUUUUCUAGUGUUUCCUAUGCUUUUAUGAUACCAACUCUGUUCAUACCUUUAAAUUAUAUGAAAUCAUAUUUUGGCAUAUGGGGCUGGAGAGCAAAUUCUUUACAAACUUUUAAAGAAUUUCAUUUGUACAACAGAAAACAUUUUGGAUGUUGUUAUAUAUGAGUAUAUAAAGUUUCCUUGUUUUGCAUUAAAAAUAAAGUUUUAUUCAGUCAAUGAGA